CCACUUUCUCCUCUUACUCCUCUCAUUCAUUCAUUCUUCUCUGUCACUUCGUACAACUUCCACACCACAUCAAUAUGAAACCCCAUUUGUCACAACAAACAAAUUCUCAACCUCUUCAAUAAAGUUCAACUUUAUUUUAAAAUCGAGAGGGACAACAACUGAAUAUUCAUAUUUUAUCAGAACAAGGUUUUUUGUUCUUCUUCUUAUGGCAGGUGGUUGGGUGAAGUCAUUGCAAUGCAAAUCCAAAGCUUUUGAAGAUGUUUACAAUCCAAACACUAAAAACCGCAUACCCAACAGUGCAAGUUGUAGAAAGAGUGUUCAAAACAUCAAAGACGUUGUAGUUGAAACAACAACCAAAACAAAAUCCAAAAAACCACUUCAAAAACAUCAUAGUUCAAGGUAUCCAAGGACAUCCACGAAUACAGAUUUUGAAACCACUAUUAACCGUUCAAAAAGCACCACCGCAACCACCACCCGUCGUGUUCCGGCGCCGGCGACGGACCAACUUUUUCCUUCUCUCACGGAGGUUACCGAGGGGCAUCCUUCUCGAAACGUAGUGGAAAUAAUCUUCCACACGAGCUGGGGACCCAAGCCUUUUUCGGGUCGGGUUGAAAUGAUUUUCAAGGUUCACAACGGUUCAAAAACGGUUUCCCGGUUCGAAGAGUAUCGUGAAAUAUUGAAGGGUCGAGCCGGUUCGAACCGGGGGAACAACCAUGAGGAGAAUGUUCGGUGUGUUGCGGAUGGAAAUGAAGUGAUGAGGUUUCAUUGUUUGGGUCCCACUUCAGGUUGUGGGCCCUACGGUGGAGCUAGUGUUUGGUCUUUUUCAGGUGGUAAAGGCUCCGCGAUCUGCACGUUUUCCGGUAGCGGCGGGGCACAUGAGAGCUCCGGUGGUGGAAGAGGGAGGAGGGCAAUGUUGGUUUGUCGGGUCAUAGCGGGUCGGGUUUCGAAGGAAGUAGGGUUUAUGGACUCGUUGUUGGAUGGGCGAGUUGGGUUUGACUCGGUGAGUGGGGAUAAUGGCGAGUUGUUAGUGUUUGACUCGCGUGCUGUAUUGCCUUGUUUUCUUAUCAUUUAUAAAUUGUAAAAAAUGGGUAUUAACCGUUCUUAUCUUUUCUUUGUAGGAAUUUAGAAGAAGAAAAAAAACACUCUUGAUUUGUUUUCAUUUUGGAUUUGGGAUUCAUGUAUAUGUAUGAAUGCUUAUUGUUGAGUUCUGGUGUUUCCAAACAGCUUAUUUUCCUUGCU